AUGGAACGCACUAUCUCCAUCCACCACGGCCCUUACGAGUCCAUCCCCACCUCUGCCUCCCCGGGUCUUACGUUUCUCCGGCGAUUCCUACCGGCGCUCGAUUCCCUCUCUCCCGAUGAAAAUCGCAUCACCCCCUUCUUCACUCCUAGCGCUCCCAUCCUCGUCGGCAGUGAGCCGCCAACAGCGGCAAGCCAAGCAGUCCCUCUCCUCGAAGUGCGCAGCCAUCACGUUUCCAAAUUCCAUCAUCACAUUCACAUCGCCUGGGAUAUAGAUCUAGGAAGCGAUAAGGGCCCCGUCUAUACAUCAUAUAAUCGCACGGCACCGAAUGAAGAAACCGCUCAAAGCGGACAGCUAUAUGCGCCGUUGGCAGGGAAAAUCGCAAUGAAACGCACGGUUAUGUUUGAAGCGACCUCCGAAACCACCUUCAAGACGGACCCGGACCAAUUCGCUAUCCGAGUUCGGGAGUUCAAUAUUCUAGAUCUGGAAGGCCGCGAUGAAUCAGAUCUGCAGAUUGUUGAGAUGCGGAUCUUUUUGGACCAGAGGCCCAUUCAGGCGCAUGCUGCCAGUUUAUUUGCGGGGUCAUCUUAUACCGCAUCAUAG